AUGGAUACGAAUGGGACUGAUUAUCCAAAUGUUUCUGAUGCGGCGUAUUGUAGCCAUCCAGUGUUUUACUUCGCUAAACCCGAAAUCAUUGUAAUUGCAAUAAUUGGCAUACCGCAAUCUAUUCUUACUGCAGUGUGUAAUGUUUUCGUCAUUUUAACCUUCAUUCGGCGAAAAGAGCUUCAAACUCCUCAACAUUUCUAUUUCAUAAACCUCGCUUUUUGUGACCUUUUGCUCGGGAGCUUUUCCAUGCCGACUCGCCUUACACUGGAUUUGUUGGGAUGCUGGCCAGCUCCUUUUGCCUUCUGUCGCGUAUGUAAGAUCAUCGACUGGAUAUGUUCUGCGGAGACCGCAACAACCGUGAUGCUCAUUGCUCGCCAUCGCUACAAAAUGGUUACACACGGCGCACAGUUUGCCGCCGAAGAAAGUGGACGAUACGUUAUCCAGAAGAUCGUAUUGACCUGGGUCGUUAACAUUGGUUUUUACGGUACUAUCCAGUUUGUGGAUCUUUUUACUGGUCAGCGUUUGUCACCUAUGGGGCAGUGCAUGACUGAGUUCUUUCAAAUACAGUGGUUAGGUGACUUGGCGAUUUUAACAGAAAACAUACUGCCUUCUGUUGUCGUUGUCAUUAUAUAUGUGCUGGUUUAUAUGACGUUAAGACAGCGGAGGAAACGUAUCGUAAUGGCCCUCGAAGAAUCCCACCAAGUAAAGGAUGAGAAAGAGAAAAGUGGAACGAACCGACAAAGCCAUAGACGAACCACCAAGCAAGGGACAACAAUGAUGCUGUUAUGCGCAGUUUUCCUGGCUGUGAAUUUCCCUUGUGCGCUUAUCAGCUUGGUCAUGUUGGUUUACGGGAAUACGUUUUCGUUGCUGCGAUGGUAUACCGUCUCUUUGUAUUUGUUCUACGGAAAUAGCCUCAUCAAUCCCAUUGUCUAUACUCUGAAAAUUCCCACCAUGAGGAUGAUCGUCGUGGGAUGCUUUAGAACGAAUAUCUGGGGGAGCAUGAGGUCGUGGCUGCGUCUGUGA